UCUCUCUUUCACCCCAGAGACACACUAUAAAUAUCUGUUCCCACAUUUAGGAGCAACAGUUCAGACACCUGCAGCAUCCAGUCACCUGGGAAACACGCAGCUCCGGGACUUCAGUGGAUUUCUUUUUUAUCUUUGAUCUAAAACCAAGAACCGGACCAACAAGCAGAAAUGGGAAAAGUUUUAUUCGCUAUCGUUGCAGUUCUUGCAUCUUUGGUUCUGGUGGAGUCCCUGUCCUGCAACCAAUGCUCCUUCGGUCUGCUUGGCACCUGUUUUAGUCAAAGCUCUGUGGCCUGCACCACCAACACCAGCACAUGCUACACUGGAAAAACCAUUUUCCCAUCCCUCUCAAGCUUCCUGGGCUUCAACAAUCAGGGGUGUAAGGCUGACAGCACAAACUGUAACACAACCACCCAAGGAACUCUGAUGUUCGUCACGUACAACACCACAUUUACCUGCUGCAGCACAAACAACUGCAACCCCAUCACAAUCAGCAGCGCCACGACUGCCAAGAUGACCUUCACUGGUGCUGUGAGCGCAGCCAUCCUGGCCUCUGUGUUGGGAAGCAUCAUGUAGCAAAAUGGCAAAAGCUUCCUGCAAUCGUUUCUGAAAAAUUAAGAAUUUUAUGUUUAAGUAAUCAAAUUCAGGAAAUCUUCAAGUGCAAUAUUCUACAGACUUACACAUUCAUCCUCUAAACAGAUGUUGUCAAAUGAAGUUUUCAGGAAGUCCAAAUCAUGGAAGUUGAUCAAUGGGAUGUUUCAGGGAAACACUGAGUUCGUAAAUCUUUCAUGACGACGUUCUUUGUUUAUUUUGUCCUUUCAAAAUGUAUUUAUCCUUCUAAAUUCAUUGUGCAUUAUUGGACAGACUUAGUUAAAAUAAAUAAAAAUAUCUAAAUUUUA